AUGGUGUUUUUGAUGCCAGGACUAAGGAAAGAAAACGUCUUUGACAUUCCAGAGGAAAAUAACGUUUUGAUUCCUGGAAAUUAUGUUCAUGAUUACGUCUCUGUCAUGCCAGGGGACGAAAAUGAUGUUUUGAUUCAGGGAAAUAAUGUGCAAGAUGAAUAUGUCUCUUCUAUGUCUGUCAUGGAAAAUAAUAUUUCUAUACCGAUAAUCUAUGUACAAGAUUAUCUGUGCGAUUUAAAAGAAGGAGAAAAUAGUUCGUUCAUGCCGGGACAUGAUAUACAAGAUUAUCUUUUUGCUUUGCCAGAAGAAGAAAGGAAACCGAAACAUAAUGUACAUGAUUACGUGUCCGCAGUGUCAGAAGAAAAUGAUUUGUUGACACCUGGAAAUAAUGUACAGAAUUAUGAAUCUGCUUUACAAGAAGAAGAAAAUGUUAACAACAUCCUGCGUCAUGUGGGAGAAUUAUUGGAAUAUAAAAAUGAUCUCUAUAAGAAAACAGCUUGGCAAUUUGAUGAAAAAUUCAAGAAACCUACAGCUUGUUAUGAUAUAUUUAAACAUGCAGUAACGAAUCCGGAACUUUUAGAUGAAUGUGACAUUGAUGAGAAAACAAAGGGAGUAUUGUUAGAAAUAAAUAUCAAACGGAGAUUAACACCUUAAUCUGUGAAAAUUAGAGCAGAUAUAAAAACUGCUUGUACAAAUUACGAAGGAGUAGAUGCAGUGAAAAGAGCCAUAAAAAAAGGUCUUGAACUAUCGACAGAGGCAAUGCCUAUAAAAAUCCAUAUCAUAGCCCCACCACAAUAUGUGGUAACAACACAAACUUUAGAACGUACAGAUGAUUUAAACACAUUAAAUGCAGUGUUGCAGGCUAUUAAAGCCAGUAUAGAGGAAGCAGGGGGAAUGUACAAUAUACAACUACAGCCUAAAGUUGUUUCUGACAUUGAUGAGCAAGAAUUGGCCGGAAAGCUUCAGCAACUGGAGGAUGAGAAUAGAGAAGUUAGUGGUGGUGAUGAUGACGACGACGAUGAUGAUGAUGAUGAUGAUGAUAAAAGUGAUAAUAGUGAGCCAGAAGUUGACCAAGGAUAAUAACUGUGAUAUGAUAAAUCAGAUAUUUAUUGUUGAAGACAAGAUAGAACUUAUUUCUAGAUAUUCUUUUUAAUUGGUAUACAGUAUUUUGGUCCAGGUAUUAAAGGAACUCCACUGAGGUCUAAAAGCCAAAAUGAUUAAAUUUGUUAUUCUUUUUUCAACCAAAUGGUGCACUUAAAAUGGAAAACUAUGCAAUAUAUAAUAAUUGAAUAUCCUGGG